AUGGUGCCUUCUGUGGCUCACCGCUUUGUCGUGGUCUUGAUUUCCUCGAUCGGGUGGCAGACCCACGCGCUGUUCCUCUUUGGCGGUGCAAUUGGCGUCGGCCUGCUUCCUGUUACAUUGCAAAACUGGGUCGGGGGACCAAUACUGUCAAUGUUUUCACAAGCCAUGGCGAACAGGGUAUUCAAGAAAAGCCGCCCGAUUGUGAAAGAGCGGCUGGAGAAAACAGAUAAAUUAAAGGCUGACCCUGACUAUGACUGGACGCCACCGGAAGAUGCGUUGCAAUGGCUCAUCGACGAAUGCUACGCGAGCCCGAAUCCCGAGGAACAACUGGUCCUCAAACGUGUUUGCUGUUACUCUAAUCCCUUGCGGCCCAAUCGUUUACUUAUCUUGAACGACGUAUCGUUAUUGAUCACCGCGUAUACUUGCCAAAAUCUUCUUCUCGAUCUUUUCAGCACGGAUCCUCGUCUCGGCUACGUCGAAGCACUUCGCGAUGAGUGUGCCAGGGCACUGGCGGAGUCGGGCGGCACAUGGGACCAUACGGCCGUCAAGAAGCUCCGGCUUGUGGAUUCCGCCAUUCGCGAGUCGAUGAGAUUGAAUCCAUUCGGAUCAGUGCUACUUCCGAGGAGAGUCGUCCAUCCACAGGGCAUCGAAGCCCUGCGCGGCGGCGGCAACAACCUCGGGGUGGUGACGCGCUUCGACCUGCGGGCCUUCCCGCAGGGCCCCUUCUGGGGCGGCGCGGUGCUGUACUUCCCGCCCAGCUUCUCGGGCCAGGCGGAGGCCCUCGUGAGCGAGCUCAACAAGCCGGGUGCUACCGACGAGACGCACCUCGUGCUCAGCAUCGGGUACAGCGCCUCCUACAUGCAGCUGGGCGGGACGUUGUGCAUGAACCAUGUUUACCACACAGGCGAAGGUGUGACGGCUCCGGAAGUGCUGGACCCGUUCGUCAAGGUCAGCCCGCAGGUGGACCAGCUCAACUCGAUGCGUUCCCUGACGCUGAAGGAUUCGGCGGGCGAGCAGGCUAGCCAGUCUGCGGACGGCGUGCGGUGCGCCUACAUGAACACGACGGUCAAGGCCGACGCGGCCACGCUGAAUGCGGCCUCUGAGGCGUACCUGGCUGCGCUUGAGCCGCUGAAAGGGUGCGAGGGCAUCCCAUGCUCUCUUACGCUGCAGCCGUACUCUGCCUCACUACUGCGGAAGAGCGAGGCGCUGGGCGGGAAUGGACUUGGGCUCAGCGCUGAGGACGGCCCGCACGUGUCUAUCUUGGCUCUGACCUGGUGGAAAGACAAGGGGGAUGAUGAGAAGAUUGUUGGGACAUUCAGGAAGGUCGUUGAGUCGAUUGACCAAGACGCGAGGUCGAGGGGGACGGCUGUGCCUUUCAAGUAUAUGAAUUACGCCUGGGACUUUCAGGACCCUAUCAGUUCAUCUGGAGAGAAGAAUAAGGCCUUGUUGCAGGAGGUCAGCAGGAAGUAUGAUCCUGAUUUAGUGUUCCAGAAGUGCGUGCCUGGAGGGUUCAAGCUGCUCUGA